AUGCAGAAGCCAUUGCUUCCCCCCGGAACCGGCAAAGAGGCAUUUGAGUUCGGACCAACUCUGGGAACAGGCUCAUUUGGGAGAGUGAAGUCUGCCAAGUAUUUGAAGUCGACGUCGACAAACGUGGACGACCCGACACAGGUUCCUCCACGAGUCGCUGUGAAGCUUCUAAAGAAGGCAGCCAUUAUUAAACUGAAGCACGUCGACCAUAUCAUCAAUGAAAAGAAAAUUUUGCUCGCCUUAGAUCACCCCCUCACGGUGCGAUGUUUUGGCAGCUUCCAAGACAGUCGGUAUCUGUACCUGGUCAUGGAGCUUGUGCCAGGAGGAGAGUUUUUCACUCAUUUGAGAAAAGCGAAACGGUUUGACAACGACACAGCGAGAUUUUACGCUGCCCAGAUCGUCGAUAUCUUCGACUAUCUGCACAGUCAAAACAUUAUCUAUAGAGAUCUCAAGCCGGAAAACAUGCUGCUGGACAAGGAUGGCUACGUAAAAUUGACCGAUUUCGGUUUCGCAAAGGUUGUUGAGUUUCGAACGGACACGCUCUGCGGCACACCGGAGUAUAUUGCUCCGGAGGUGCUGUUGAAUAAAGGACAUGGAAAACCGGUUGACUGGUGGACCCUCGGAAUCCUGAUCUAUGAGAUGAUGGUGGGCUACCCUCCCUUCCUCGAUGAUGAUCCGCUUGGAAUUUACCAAAAAAUAUUGGCAGGAAAGUUUGUAUUUCCAAAGUUUUUUGACAAAGAUGCCAAAGUCCUGGUGAAGAAGCUGCUCCAGGCUGACUUGUCUAAGAGAUGGGGAAACCUGAAGAACGGAGUCAGAGACAUCAAAGAAUGCAGGUGGUUUUGCACGGUCGUGUUUGAGGACCUGAGAGCGAAGAAGGUCGUUGCGAGAUACAAACCUACGGUCAAGGGCAUGGACGAUCUCUCCAAUUUCGAGGCCUACCCAGAUGAAAAGGACGACGCUGUUCCAGUGGACCCGAUGAAAGAUCCGUUCACCACAUGGUGA